ACCUUGUCGAACUCAAUUCUAUCGCGCAGAUCAGCAACCAGCACCACAUCAUCGCGCGCAUCAUCACCGAUCAAGCGUGAACGAGGGAUGCGUUACGCUGAUGACCUCCCUCUGCUUCGAAGGUCGCUAAAGGAUCCACGAUUGCCUGCACGCCUCGGGCCGCUGUUGAAGGAUGUACGAGCCGUAUCGACGAAGAAACAUAUCAUGCUAUUGGCCUUAAAAGAGGAGAUCGAGGCUCUUUACUCGCCAUUCGAAGCUAUCAGCGACGACAUGUUCUUUGGUGGUGAGGACGACGAGGACGAAAGCGAGGAUGGCCACAACCAAUCCAAGGUUGUCAAAGUUAAUGACGAUCAUGUCAAGCGUCAUCGAGAUCGGUUAUGGCAAUUGGGGCGUAUCUGCGACGGUACAGAGGAGUGCAGCGAUCCGAGCCGGCAGACGUUCGAGGUUGAGUGGAACGACGUGGUGCACUCGCCUAUGCUCCGGCUCGCCUGUCGCCAACAAUCGUCACUGCGCUGUCGGAACCUGACGUCGGUGCAAGUUGACGGCCGCUACGGCGAUGCCGCGAGAACGGUUAGAAGGGGCGGUGGCGGAGCAGCGACAGCAACUCUAUGCGACUGUCGCAUUGACUUCGGGAUCUUCCUCGCGCCACCCGAGAAGUCAGACCUGCAGUAUCGUAUCUUCGAUCUGAUGUCGCGCGAUGUCGAUCAGGUUCGGCAGCUCAACCACCUCAAUGCCUUCGAGCCGGACUGGCCCCUUGCCGUUAGUGUCGAGACUAAGCGUCUCGCUCCUGGUGUUGAAAAGGCUUCAGGUCAAUUGGCUAGCUAUGGUCGGGCCCAGCUACGCUUGAUGCAGCAGUUUCCAGAUCCGCAGCUCAAAGUCGUCAGCGCGCAGUGGGAGUUGAGUUUCAUCGUCCGUGAAGGUCCCAAUGCAGUAGCAUAUGGUCCCUUUGGCUUGGGAAACACGGCCUCACUUUCGGGGUGUUAUCAGGUCUUCAAAUCCCCGUGCAUCUUAUUUAGGUGGGCGGAGCGCGAGUGCUACGAUUGGUGGUUGAGACAUAUCUCGGUUACAUGAUUGAAUAAUGCUAUUUGGAUCCUCGCACGUACAAUGAACGACUUGUGAUUUUGCCAACA